AUGACUUUCAACAUCGAUGCGAGGACCUUUCAUGCUUGGAAUAUUGAACAUGCAAUCUCCCAGAUAAGAAUCUUUCCAACAUACAGAAAGAUGUGCUGUUUAAGAUUAAUUUUCUUCUUCUUCUCCUUCUUUCUCGUACACCCUGCUACUCGCACCGUUGCCCAGACAUGCUCUAAUGAAAAUGGUAACUACACCAGUAACAGUACUUACCGGGCAAACCUCAACACCCUCCUGGCCUCCAUGUCUUCCAACACCGAGAUUGAUUACGGGUUUUUCAAUUUUUCCGCCGGAGAAACUCCCGACAAAGUAAACGCGAUUGCACUUUGUAGAGGAGACAUUUCGCCGGAAGAUUGCCGUAGUUGUGUCAAUCAGUCGAGUCACGAUCUCUUACAGAACUGUCCCAACCAGAAGGAGGCAAUCACAUGGCCCGAUAAGUGUAUGCUACGAUACUCAAACAGAUCUAUAUUUAGUGUUAUGGAGGAGUACCCUAUGUAUGCAUUUUUCAACACCGCAAACGUCUCGGAUGUAGAUGGGUUCAACGAGGUGCUACGUCCCUUAUUAGAUAGACUAAUAAGCCGCGCCGCAUCUGGAAAUUCUACUCGCAAGUUUGCCGUGGAAAGCGUGGAUGCUCCCGACUUCCAAACCAUACAUGCACUUGCAGAGUGCACUCCUGAUUUGGACCGGCUAGAAUGCAACAACUGCCUGGAUGCACUUAAAGUGUAUAUUCCAAAAUGUUGUGAUGGAAAGCAGGGAGGGAAAUAUGUGACACCCAGCUGUGAUUUAAGGUACGAGAUAUACAAUUUCUAUGACCCUGCAGCUGAGGCACCACCGCCAUCCCCGGCAGUGCCACCAGCAUCUCCCCAACCGGUACUACCGCCUCCACCUACACAAGGAAAGAAAAGUAACAAAUCUCCCUCUGCAAUUGUUAUAGUCGUGCCCACUGUUGUUUCUGUUGUACUAAUUAUCUGCAUCUGCAUCUACAUCUACAUAUGCUUCUUCUAUUCAAGAGUGAGGAAGGAAGGGGAGAAAGUUGAAAGUGAAGCCGUGGAUGAAAUUAGUAGUGUUGAAUCAUUGCAAUUCGACUUUGGCACAAUUAAACUUGCUACAGAUAACUUUUCAAAUGAAAAUAAACUUGGACAAGGUGGAUUUGGUGCUGUUUACAAGGGUAGACUCCCAAAUGGAAAAGAAAUAGCUGUAAAGAGAUUGCUCAAACCUUCUGGACAAGGAAAUCUAGAAUUUAAGAAUGAAAUUGUGUUAGUGGCUAGGCUUCAACAUCGGAAUUUGGUAAGGCUCAUAGGAUUUUGCUUGGAAGGAAGUGAAAGGAUUCUAAUCUAUGAGUUUCUGCUUAAUGGAAGCCUCGACAAAUUCAUAUUUGAUCCAAUCAAGCGUGCACUUUUGGAUUGGGAAAGGCGCUAUAAAAUUAUAGGAGGCGUUGCUCGAGGACUUCUUUACCUUCAUGAAGAUUCUCAACUUCGUAUUAUUCAUCGUGAUCUAAAACCUAGUAACAUUUUAUUAGAUGCAGAUAUGAAUCCUAAGAUUUCAGAUUUUGGCACAGCAAAAUUGAUUGUGCUAGAUCAAACUCAAGACAGUACAAAGCGAAUUAUUGGGACCUAUGGAUAUAUGCCACCAGAAUAUGUAGUGCAUGGAUGCUUUUCAGUGAAAUCCGAUGUCUUUAGUUUUGGUGUUUUGGUUCUGGAAAUUGUGAGUGGGACAAAAGUAAAUUCUUUUCGAAAGGGAGAGAGUGAAGAAGGUCUUUUAAGCUAUGCAUGGAAAAAUUGGAGGCAAGGGACAUCUUUAAAUCUUGUAGAUCCCAUAUUGAGGGGUGGUUCAACAACUGAAAUGCUGAGAUGCAUCCGCAUUGGGUUACUAUGUGUUGAAGAAAAUAUAGAUGACAGACCAACAAUGGCUUCAGUGCUUCUUAUGCUUAAUAGCAACUCUGUCACUCUUUCAGUACCAAAAAAACCUGCAUUUCUUAUGGGUAGGAGCAGUAUAUCAAACAUGUCGUCUCAAAGGGAGAGGAACACUAGGGCAAUACGGCCAGAUCAAUCUGGAAGUAGCUCUGUAGAAGCCUCGGUAAAUGAGACUUCAAUGACUGAGCUAUUUCCUCGCUAAAAUAUACCAAGAUUUCUCUAUGUAAGAAGAUACACUAUGCUGUUAUUAAUUAUAUAUUGAAUCAUUUCUUCAUUAAAUUUCAAUUACAUGACAAUGUGAUUUUUAUUUAUUUUUUAUUUUUUUUAAUAGAAAAUAUGUUAAGACAUGAUUAAAUCAAAUGCCCUCUAGUUACAUGUUCUAGGGGAGGAGUGGUUCAUACAUGUUACAAUCCUAUGUGUUUUACAUGGCAUAAGUGCAAUUUU